CUGUGGACGGGGCUGGAGAGGUCCCAGCUCGGAUCCGCUCGGCUGCGUCGCUUUCUGCUGAGUCCAGCUGCUGGAAGGCAGCGAGCGGCGCUGGACCCGGCCACCCCGCCACCCCAGGGCAGGGGGCGGAGCUCGGCGGGGCCUCGGGGGACCCGGGAGGGGUUAGGGCCGGCGGGUCCCCGAGCGCAGGCCCCGCGGGGGCCGGGUUAAGCGCGGCACCUCGGGGAGCAGAACCGUGGACGCUAAUUAGCACCGGGCGGAACCGAGCGCCGAGGGGCGCGCCGAGCCCGGGGAGCGGCAGAGCGCGGCGGGGGCGGGGGGCGGGCGGGACCCCGGGACCCCGGGACCCCUUUGUGCGUUUGGGCCGUGCAAGCGGCCGGGGGCCGGGGCGGGGGUCCCACGCGCACUCCGGGAGGCGCGGCCACUCGGUGUGUGCGUUUGGCCCACGUGUGCCUUGUCGCCCAGGGGCAUGGGGGGGCGCCCCGAAGGCGUGACCGAGCCGGACUUGGGGGUCUGGGCUGGGCGCGCGCCUGGUUCCGACCCGCACCAGCCCGCGGGUGCCGGAGCCCGGGACUCACGGGACAGUGACCGAGAGGGCCCCCGCCUCUGGGGCCCCCAGCGCCAGCGGCCCAGCGGGGGGUGGGAGGGGACGUGCGGGCGCGCCCGGCCGGGCCGGAGAGGGCGCGCGGGGGUGCGCGCUCCCGCGGCGGGGGGCGUGGCGCGAACGGCCACAGGCCACUCGGCGGCCGGGCCAGAAACUCCGACCUCGCGCCCGCGCCGGGAAGUGCGACUCGCCGGAGCCGGGAGGUUGCCCGCGGGCGCGGGGCCUGGCCCUCGGGAUGGCUGACCAGCGCGAGACCUUCCUGGGCUGCCUGGGGCUUCUCCUCCUGCUGCCGGGGGUGGGCGCCCAGAACCACGCGCCCCCCGGCUGCAGCCCGGACCUCAGCCCCCUCUACUACAACCUGUGCGACCGCUCGGGGGCCUGGGGCAUCAUCCUGGAGGCGGUGGCCGGGGCGGGCAUCGUGACCACCUUCGUGCUGACCAUCAUCCUGGUGGCCAGCGUCCCGUUCGUGCAGGACACCAAGAAGCGCGGCCUGCUGGGCACGCAGGUCUUCUUCCUGCUGGGCAACCUGGGCCUCUUCUGCCUGGUGUUCGCCUGCGUGGUGAAGCCCGACUUCUCCACCUGCGCCUCCCGCCGCUUCCUCUUCGGGGUGCUCUUCGCCAUCUGCUUCUCGUGCCUGGUGGCGCACGUGCUGGCCCUCAACUUCCUGGCCCGCAAGAACCACGGGCCGCGCGGCUGGGUGGUCUUCACCGUGGCGCUGCUGCUGACCCUGGUGGAGGUCAUCAUCAACACCGAGUGGCUCAUCAUCACGCUGCUGCGCGCGGCGGGCGAGGGCGGCCCCGCGGGCAACCGCAGCGCCCUUGGCCUUGGCCUUGGCGUGGGCGGCGGCGGCGUGCGGGCCUCGCCCUGCGCCAUCGCCAACGUGGACUUCGUCAUGGCGCUCAUCUACGUGAUGCUGCUGCUGCUGGUCGCCUUCACGGGCGCCUGGCCCGCCCUGUGCGGCCGCUUCCGGCGCUGGCGGCGCCACGGCGUCUUCGUGCUGCUGACCACGGCCACGUCCAUCGCCGUGUGGGUCGUGUGGAUCGUCAUGUACACCUACGGCAACCGGCAGCAGGACAGCCCCACCUGGGACGACCCCACGCUGGCCAUCGCCCUGGCCGCCAACGCGUGGGCCUUCGUCCUCUUCUACGUCAUCCCCGAGAUCUCGCAGGUGACCAAGCCCGGCCCGGAGCAGAGCUAUCAGGGGGACAUGUACCCGACCCGGGGCGUGGGCUACGAGACCAUCUUGAAGGAGCAGAAGGGACAGAGCAUGUUCGUGGAGAACAAGGCGUUUUCCAUGGACGAACCGGCGGCAGCCAAGCGGCCAGUGUCCCCGUACAGCGGCUACAACGGGCAGCUCCUCACGAGCGUGUACCAGCCCACAGAGAUGGCCUUGAUGCACAGGGGCCCGUCCGAGGGCGCCUACGACGUCAUCCUCCCGCGGGCCAGCGCCAACACCCAGGUGCUGGGCAGCGCCAGCUCCACGCUGCGAGCCGAGGACGUGUACUCGGUGCAGGCGCCCACGCCCCCCGACGGCAGCGGCUCACAGGGUCAGUCCCCGCAAAAUAAAACGAGAUGGUAACGCCCUCUUCCCGGACCGCGCACCGCCCGAUGGCCUCUAACCCCCGGUUGCCGUUGGGACUGGCUGGAGCCACCACGGAUGGGGAGCAGUGGACUGAGGGGGGCUCUGUGUGCCCCCAGUGUGAGGCAGGGGCUGUGGCAUCGCCCUCUCCUGCUCCCCACAGGAGCUUGCAGCCCCCCUCAGCCUGCUCCCCUCCAUUGCAGCCUCUGCACCCCCCAUUCUGUGCUCCAGGUGGGCCCCCCCGGACACCAGUCCUCCCCCGUGGACCUCCCUGGAUGUCCAGCGUUGGCCCGUUCCUCGCUGUGCUCGGGGGCGCUGGGCCGAGCCCUGGUGAGGCCGGCUUUGCGCCUCCUGCCGGGGUCCUGCCCCCAUGCAGACCCCAGAGGCUGCCGGCUGGGGGGGGUUCAUGCAGGGCGGGGAGAGACCCGGAUCCUCUCCGUGGCCAGCGGGUUCCAGGUCAGCUCCCUCUCACAAACCCCCAUGCGCUGGGGGGUCCCUUGCUGGACCUGCAUUCCCGGGACCAGCUCUGUCCUGGGCCAGGUGGACCCGGGGGCGUGGAGACUGGGGCACCGAGAAGUUCCUGGGUGGGGGACAGCUGGGAGGACCUUGGUAGGUUUGCUCACUGGGGCUGCCAUCCUCCCAGGCCUGUCCCAGGAGGAGAGGGGGGCGUCCUAGGGACAUGCAUGAGGCUGGCGCCCAGCACAGGAGGUGGGGGUGGGCGCUCUGCUCUCAGGAAUAUCUGACGCCUCUGGGGUGCCGGUCGGAGCUGGUGCAUCCCAGGGCGCGUCGUCUCUGGGUCUCCCCCAGUGCUCAGGUCCCCCCCUCAGGACCUUCUGGGGGGACAGAGAUGAUGGGGGUCACUGCGCCAGAGGUGGCCCAAGCUCACCCCGUAGCCCAGUGCCCGCCUCUUGUCCUUGUCACCAGCAGCUGUGCCUUUGACGCUGGAGGCCUUCUCCAGAGCCAGGCCCUGCCGAGACGCCCCCGCGGGGGUCCCUCCAUUCACUGCUGAGUGUCCCGGGGCUGCCUGGGUUCUGGAUGGAGCAUCACCGGCCCCCGUGAGAGGAAGGGGGCGCGCUGAGCCCCCAGACUUCCCCCCGGUCUAGGUUAGGGGUCUGCAGCCCCCGCCCGGGGUGCAGAGGUCGCGGCUCUCCCAGGGGCCAAACCCGCGUGAGUCCUGCAGGACGGGGGACCCCAGCCCGGCCUGCCUGCGGCCCCUCGCGGUGCCGUGGCCGCGUCUGCGGGGAAGGGCGGCGCCUUCUCGGGAGCCCGCCUGGGCCGGGCCGGAGGGAGCCGGACGGGCCGGAAGCGAAGCCCGAGAGGGACCCGGAGUUGCGCACCCGCAGACCGCGCGCUCGGAGCGGGCACUGAGAACCGAGCACGAAUAAACGCCGCCUCUGGCGGGGAGCGAC